UUAACCUCUUUAUGAGUUUAUGUCACGACUCACGAAUACAUUGUUGUUCUAAGGAAGUCAGUUUAUUAUAAAUGUUAUUCUUUUAAAAAUGACGACGAUUGCUCUACCCAUCGAAAGUGAUAAUGUUGGUCCCAAUUUGGAAGAUAAAUCAUCACCGGAAAGUGAAAAUGGGGACAUUGAGUUAAAUGUGCCAAACACGAGGAAGACGAGUGAAGUUUCAAUUUCUUCGUCACAAAGCCUCGCAAAUUCAAAUCCAACUGAAAAUGUAACAGCAGAAAUUCCAAUUACUGAAACUAAAAUGUCUUCUUUUCAAGAAGAGGAAAGAACUGUCGAUAAUUCUGAAGAUGAGCCUAAAAUCAAUAUUUCUGACUCAUCUGAUGAAAGUAUCAAUAAAAAAAAUCUAGAAACUGCUCAGAACGAUCAAGACUCAAACACUUCAUCUUCAAAAAAUGAGAUUGAAGACAAUUUGCCCUUCCAAAAUGACGAUAAAGAUUUUCCAAAAGAAGAUUCUUCUUCAAGCAUUUCUAGACAUUCAAAUUCUCAAAAACAGCCUCAAGAAAAAAUAAGAGAACUUAAAUCGAAUGAAUCAAAAAUUAAUAAAAUUGACGGUGGAGAUUUUUCUUCAAGCACUUCUGUUAAUUCAAAUUCUGAAGAAGAGUCUCAAGAAAAAGUAGAAGAAGUUAAAUCAAAUGAAGAAAAAAUGACCAAAAUUGACGGUAAAAUUCUUAGCUCGGAUGACGAAGAUGAUUGUACGAGUUUUAAGCUUAAUAAAAGUUCGAAAUCGAGUACAAAAAAGGCUUUUGCAAUCGUCGACAGUGAAUCUGACGAUGAAGGAUUUUUUCCAUCAAAGAAGGAAACUGAGGAAAAAGAAGAAACAGGUUCAGUUUCAAAAACGUCUGAGAAUAGAGAAACAGUCUCAAAAUCUAAAAAGAAAUCAAGAAUUACAAAUAUUUUAGAUCUAGAUAGUGAUUCAGAGGACGAAAUAUUUUCUAAAUCAAAGAAACAAAAUGGUGAAAAAGAUGAAACAGGUUCAGUUUCAGAAGUAUCUGAAAAUAGAGAAACAUCGUUAAAUUCAAAAAAGAAAUCAAGGCUAAUGAAUAUUUUAGAUAGCGACUCUGAAGAUGAUUCAAUAAAUAAGGAAGAAACAUCUCAAAAUCAGACUCAGAAAUCAAAGCUAAAAAAUUUAGUAGAUUCUGAUUCGGAAGAAAAAGCUUCUACAGACUCAUCUAGUGAUGAAAAUUCUGAAUCGCGUGACGAGAAGCAGAAAAAGAUUCAAGCCAAAAAGACGUCAAAUGUAAUGAAAAAUUUAGUAGAUUCUGAUGAUUCCGCUGAUGAAAGAAAGGAAAACGACCGAGCAUUAUCGGAUGCAAGUGAUGAAAAUAAAGCUGACGGGAAACCAAAGGGAAAAUCCGAGAAAAAAAGAGCGGGAUCAGCGAGGGCUGCGAAAGAUGCAGCGAUGAAGGAAAUUCACAGCGAGACGCAAAGAUUGCUAAGAGAAUCGGAAUUGUCUCUUCCGUAUCACAGACCAAAACAGCGCACAUUGCAAGAAUUUUUAAACAGAAAGAAAAUCUCCUCUGCUCUUCCAAAAGCUCCAACUACAGCCGCUAAAGUUAAAAUGUUUGCUGAUAUUAUCAGCAAAGCUGUCGAAGAAAAGGAAAAAGAAGUCGAGGAAUUUUACAAGUCCUCGGACUCUGAAGAAGAAAUGCAAUUGUCCAAUAAAGAAACUAAUGAAAAUAAAGAGACUAAUGAAAUUAAAGAACCGACAGAUUCAAAAGAUCAGAAUCUGGAGAACAAGGAACUUGGAACGCCAAUGGAUAUUGAUCUCUCCAAAGAAACCGAUCAAUUAUCCUCAGCUUCCAUCACUGUGACUGAAACCUUUUUUUCCGACAAUUUCAAGAAUCCAGAUGAAGUUCCUCAAGUUCCGCAGAUUGAAGAAACUAUCGAGGAAAAAAUUACAGAAUCUUCAGUCGAAUCUACUAAAAAUAAUUUCAGCGCAUCCUCUAAAAUUUCUCUGGGCGAGAACGAAAAUUCUGGAACAAAAAAGAAAUCUGGAAAAGAUGACGAGACAUCGAAGCAAAAUCUGGAUGAUGAAAAUGAAGCUGGAAAUUCUGAUGAUGGCAGUCCUAUGAAAACUGACACGAAUGAUUUUGAAUUGAGAUUUUCGACGGCCGAUUUUGACACUAAUUUGCAGCUGAUCGAUCAUGAAAACGAGGGUAAAAUUCCAGAGAGUGAGAAGUCUGAUUUAAAUGAAACGGAAGUCAGUGAAAGUUCGGCAAUAUCGGAAAAGAAUGAAAAAAAUGAAGAAAGUGGAGGUGAAAAAGCGGAGGAUGAGGCUGGAAAUUCAAAGGGACAUGUUAUCGGUUUACCUCCUCCUGAUUUGGAUGACAGUCUUCUAAAAAAGUCACUGAGACAUAAAAUACCUCCGUGUUAUCUUAAGGGAAAACCAAGUCUUCAUGGAACGCCAGGUACAAAUAUUGACUUUGAGAUAAAAAUUAAAUCACAUCAAGAUGGAAUAAGUAAGUUAGUGGACAGAUUUGUGCGACAUUCGCAGUGCUCUAAAAUCGAGAAAAAUGAUGAUGUUAUGGUAAUGCAUACGGAAAUUACUCCUGGCGGUUUGAAAAUAACGGAAACGGCUCUCCCCUACAAAAUGCUGAACGCUGCCGAGGAUUCUGAACUGAAUAAACCGGGGGCAAAAUUCAAGAAACUGCGUGAAGAAUUAGAGCAAAAAAUGUCGAUCAAGCGGAGUGAAGAGUGGCGGCAAAAAGAAGAAGCUUCAAAAGCACUCGACGAAUAUCUCGGCGACGAACUGGAACCCGAAGACAAAGAUGAAUCAUUGCUGGAUGAUGAAGAGGAAUUGGACGAAGAGAGUGGCGAAAGUGAACCGGAAGAGAACGAUAUUAUCAUAAAAGAGAAGAAAAAAGUGAAUUGCGAGUUUGCUGAUGAAGAGGCUGAAGUGAGUGAAGAUGAAAAUCUGCCCAAUGGGGGAAAAGAAGAUGACGAGGAUGAAGAAUUCGAGGAGGAUGAAGAAGAAUUGGAGGAAGAUGUGGAAAAAGAAGAUGAAGAUGAGGUAGAAGCUGAUGACGAAGAGGAGGAGAAGCAAGAUAAAGACCUGGCUCAUCCGAAAAAACUUCGACGCAUAACCACAGCUUUUGAGGAUGAUUCCAAUCAGUCGGAGACUGAAAAUCCAGAGAAGGAGGCCAACGAUCUCAAGGAAAUGAAUCAAGGAUCAAGAAAAAAGUUCCAGCGAACGAAAACCGAUGUCGACAUGUUUGGCGACGUCAGUGACGGUUGGAUAAGUGAGAAUGAUGAUGAAAUGCGUCCGAAGAUGAGUGAGAGAGCGUCCCUAACUUGUCAAACUCCACUCGUCGAACCAAAUCGUCUGAGUCUCAUCUCUCCCAUCACUCAACUCUCAGCUUUGAAUAAAAAUUCUUCUGAUUCCGGGACCAAGGACUCGGCAUUUAAAGAAGCCGAUUCGUUAGAUCAGAUGAACGAUUCCCUCUCGCAGGAACCAUGUUCCGUCAAUCUCGAGAAAUUGUGCGGAUUGCAGAAAAAACUGUUCCAAGACGCCCCGGACGCGGUCAAUGUUGACGAGUUGAUGGACCUGUGUUCAGGAAAAUUCAGCGAAACUCCCCUAGUUCGAAAAGAUCUUCAUCCCUUGAUGAAUCCUUCAACUCAGUCGAAAGUCACCGACUCGCAGCUACUGGAUCUCUGUUCAGGAACCUUCUCUUCCGCGCCUUUCGCCAAGGAAUCGGAAAAAGUCUUCGAAAUUGACGAGAAUUCGCAGGAUAUGAAGUUGACUUUAGAUGACGAAUCGAGAAGUCCAACGAAAACAUCGCCGAAGAAGAUGGCUGAUUUAAAAUCGCUGGGUAGCAGAUUGAAAGUCGUUUCCUCCGACGAGGAGGACGAGGCAAAGAAUGAGGAGACCAGGAAGGGAAAGAGGAAGAUUCAGAAAUUGGUUUUAUCAGACGAUGAGGAAGAAAAUGGUGCAAAUGAAGUCACAUAUUUAUCCGAGGAGGAGGAGGAGGAGGAGGAGGAGGAGGAGGAGAGGGAAGAGGAGGAAGAGCAGUUUAUCGAUUACGAUUCGGAAGAGAAUGAAGUUGUGAUGAUUCCGAAAAAGGAUAUCAAGAAAGUGGCAAAGAAUUUUCUGGAGAAUGAAGCCGAGUUGAGUGAGAGUGACUGGGAUUCGGCGGAUGAGGAUGAAAAGGGCUUGGACAGGCUCGAGAAGGAAGAGGGAGACGACGAUGUCAUUGAUGAGGAGCAGAUGCGAAAUCAGCUGGGAAAGAUUCACGCUCGACAAGUUCUGGAUGAUGAUCAGCGAGAGGUUAGAUUAUUGCAAGAUAUGCUUUUUGAGGAUGGAGAUUUGCAUUCGGAGGGCGCUGGUCGCGAGCGGAAGUUCAAGUGGAAGAAUAUUGAUAGUUUGGGUGCGGUCUGGGACGAGUCGAAGGGACCGGAGGAUCAAGAAUUGAUCGCUGAAGCCAUGGAGGAUACGAAUGAGAUUGAGCUGAGAAAAAGGCGAUUUGAGCAGCAGCAGUUUCUGGAAAAACAGAAACAAAAUUCGCAGGAUGAUAUCGAGGAUGAUUUGAAUGACAGUCCGAUUUUUAAAGUGGGACUGAAAGUUGUGAAUGCGGCAAAAUGUGGUACAAGUUUCUCGAAGACGGAGGAGACGCUGAUUCUGAAAUCGAAGAAACCUCUGGCGCCGAGUAUCAUUCCAAAUUUGUUGGAAAAACCGGCGAAAAUCAAGACUUCUGCGCUACAGUACGCAAUGCGAGGUUCAUUUCUUGCUCGAGGAGAGGAGACCUUGGCUCGAAUAGCAUCAAUAAUAGAUGAAAAAGACAAGGUAGUUCGGGCUCCUGUAAAUGGGAGGAGAUUUGUUUUUGAACACUUGAGUCCCUCCGUUAAAGAUGCCGAAGAAAUGAAGACUGAUGAAGAUGUUUCAACGUCGAAUAAAAAGUCACGAAAAAGGACAUCCACCUCUGAUUCCACUCCAAAGUCUGCAAAGAAGUUGAAAGUCGACGAAGAUCGGUCCGCCGGAAAAAGAUUGUUUAGUGCCUAAUUUUUAAGGUGGGAAAUAUUCUGACAGACCUAAAUUUUAAAUAGUAUUAGAGCCAAAAAUACUGUAAAUAUAGAACUAGUUUCUAAAAGCUGUUAAUUGUUACCGGACAUUAUAAUUUUCAAUUUCUUGUAAUAUA